AUGCUGCGUUCUACGGCCGACGCGUCAGACUCCAGCGCGGGCUCAAUGGAGGACUGUGGCGACGACCAUCCCAGAUUCAAGAAAGAACGCGCCACCCCAACCUCGAGACGACUGGCAUGUGACAUUUGCAGAGAACGCAAGGUCCGCUGUGAUCGGGGGGUUCUCAAGUGUGGCCGUUGUGCGCGGCUUGGCUAUGACUGCAACUAUCAGGGGCGCAAACGGCAUCGUGCUGCCCAAGCGGACAUGCCACGCCAAUUAUCCGAAUUGCAGACCCGAUUAGCAUCUACUACCACCACACCCACUGCGUGUCCGCUGCCUCCCCAUGUGGGUCUAUCCUGGCCGGUGUUGACGCCUCCAGAGCGGCAGGGCGAUCAUGGACGACUGAUGCAGCGGUUCCAGAGCCAGGUCACCCCGCCAAUGGAUCGUGGCUUCGAGGGGUUGGACAUGUUGGCGAAUCUGACGGAAGAUAUCCCAGAAUUUUGGGGGGUCAUAGAUUCGGUUCUGACCCCGGACGCGCUUUCAACCGCCCUCGCCGGCGAUAGUAUUCAGCUACCGACUCCAUUCGACGGUGGCUAUCCUCCUGCUGCCAGCGGCAGCUCGGUGUCUCCGGCCUUUGAAAGCUCCCUCUUUCCCUCAACCCAUGAACAGGAAGAGUCGGUUCCUCCGUCGGACCUUGCCUCUCUACACCAUAAAUAUUUUGGUACCUUUUAUCCGGUUUUCCCAAUCCUGAAUCCAUCGCGAUUUCGCCGAGAAUGGACCCAUGGUCCCGUCUCUCCCCAAGUCCGGGCACUCAGCUACGCGGUGGCCCUAAUCGGUUCGACGGUCGCCCCAGAAUACGCCCAUCUACAAUCGCCCUGUUACAGAAAUGCGCGCAAAUACAUUGAACUGUGUGAGCGCGACGAUGACGAGACGCGUAUUACUAGCUUAAAUACCUUCCAAGCGUUACUAUUCGUUCUUCGUUACGAGCUGACAAGGAAGCACUUUGUGCGCGCGUGGAUGACCCUCAGCCGGGCCAUGACGCUGGCUCAAAUUCUCAAACUGCGUCUCGUAGAUCACGGAUGCCCCGAGAUUGGAUGCGUAUGGGAUGUGCGCGAUCCCACCUCACUGGAGGAGAUCCGUCGUUCGUUCUGGUCCUUAUACAUCUUUGAAAGCUAUGGGUGCGUCCGCACUGGCCGUCCUUUCACUCUCGAAAACGACGAAUUGUGCGUCUCCCUUCCGUCGCCCGGUGAGCUCAACGAGGCAUUUCGACCUAGCCCAAUGCCUUUUCUCAGUGACCCGACAAAGCUUGCAGGUGUAAGCUACCUGACGUCCUAUGCCGCGGUGAUCAUUAUGGUGAAGGUGGCCCGCCUCUGCCUCGAGCACGUUAGUAUUCUCUCUUGCAGUGCUAGCGACUCCGGCUUCUGGGACCGUCAUUACCGCCUAGUGAAGACAAUUAACGACUACACCGCCAUCUUCCAACGUUAUUUGACCGCAAAAGCCGUCCGAGAAGAUGUAUUGGCGUUUGCACUGCACCUGAACCUCUGCGCAACGCAUAUUAACCUCCACGAGGCAGCGAUACGCAAGGUGGAAGAGCAAGACUUACCCAAGCUCGUUGCAGCGGAAAGUCGCAAGUCCAGUACCGCCGCGGCAUUUAAAAUUCUUGGAGCCAUUCGCAUGAACUGGCCGGUUCAGCGAUCGGAGCGGGAUCACUUCACCCUCCAAGCGACGUUCAUCGGCUGGCCUAUUUCUAUGGGCCUGAUCUCCCUGAGCCGCAGUCUCGCCAGUGGUGACACGACUCCGAUCGGCAUCGUGGACUCAUUACGCCUGUUACGGGCCGCCCUGGACCAGGUGGAGGAACCAGAUGGGUAUUGGCACCAAGCCAGUGACGCGGCAGUGACUUCCCUCGCCCAGUGGGAUGAACAACAACGGGAGAGUUGUUCUGGGGAGUGA